GCUCGAGGCGGCGCCCGCGGCAGGGGCGGGGAGGAGGGGGGCGUCUAUCCUCCAGGGGGUCGUGGGACGGCUCGCGCCAGGAGCUGCCUGCCGCGUGGCGCGCGGCCAUGGCAGCGGAUCCGCCGGCCCCCGCCGCCGCGCGCGCCAGCCGGUGGCGGCGCGCGGCGACCCAGGGCGCCUCGGCAGAGGAGGACACGGUGGCCCCGCCGGUGCCAGCUCCACUGCCCGCGCCUGGGGCGCCGACUGCAGCGCCAGCCAGCGCCGAGCCUUCGCGCUGGCGGCGGCCAGCGGCCGCGGAGGCCGCCCGGCUGGAGGCGGGCGCCGGAGGGACCUCGGAGGCCGGCGGCGGGCACGCGGCGGCGGGGUGUGAGGGGCUGGCGCCCGCCUCGAACGUGGCGCUGCGUUCGGGCGUCGAGAUGCCCGCGCUCGGCCUGGGCACCAGGCAGCUGGAGCCGGGGGGCAAGUGUCAGGAGGCCGUGAGGGCCGCGCUGCGCGCCGGCUACCGCCUCGUCGACACCGCCGCGGCAUACGGCAACGAGGAGGACGUGGGCAAUGCCGUCCGCGGCGCCGGGCUGAGGAGGGAGGACGUAUUCCGAGCUGGCACCCGCAGACCACGGUGGCGUCGAGGAGGUGCUGGAGGCCCUGCAGGCCUCCCUGAAGCGUCUCGCGACGAGCUACGUGGAUCUGUACCUGGUCCACAGCCCGAAGGGCGGCUCCCUGCUGGAGACGUGGGACGCGAUGCUGGAGAUGAGGGCGAGGGGCCUGGCGCGCGUUGUGGGCGUGGCGAACUUCGGCGCGGCCCACCUGCAGAGCCUCGCCGCCGCAGAGCGCGAGAUGCCCGAGGUCAACCAGGUGGAGCUGCACUUCCGGAAGCAGCGCCCGCUGGCGGCAGUCUGCGCGCGUGCGGGCGUGCGCCUCAUGGCCGCGUGCCCCCUCGCCCGGGGCCGCCUCUUCGGCGGGGCGACGGCCUUGGGAGCGCUGGCCGCGAGGCGCGGGCGCUCGGAGGCCGAGCUCGCAAUCCGAUGGCCAUGCCGCCUUUUGCUGCCCUCUACAUCCCCAAGACAAAGGACGGCUCCCGAGUUGAGGCCAACGCCCCAUUCGGGUUUUCCCUCGGCGCGGGUGAGAUGGCGGAGAUAGACGCUCUCGACCGCGGGUUCUCCGUCAGCACCGCCACGAAGAGCCUGGCGCUGCCGUGGGAGGAGGUCGCCGGGGAGCUCUCGGAGGUGAGCGAGGCAGACGUUGGGGACGCUAGGCCCCCGAGGCGGCGAAAGAAGCGGCGCCAGAAGGGCAAGGGCAAGGGCAAGGGCAAAGGCAGCGAUUCGAAGGGCACCGGAGGCUCGAAGGGCGGCGGCUCAAAGGGCGGCGCCCGGCAGGCUGGAGGCGGUGGCAGGGGCGGAGGCACUGCCGCGGAGCGGUGGAGCAGCAUGCUGUCGGGGCUGAGCUGACGGCAGAGCAUCGAGGAACAAAAACGGCG